CAAGGUGAGACAGAGCUGAAGAAGAAAAAGUAAACUCUGCCAUAAUUAUGGCGAGUUUGGGUUCACGGUUACUAACAUCAGGUAGUAGUUGUGCUAAAGGUCUUCUUAAAGCACCGCUUCUUGCUGCAGUACUGCCAGGUUGCACUCAGGUUGCAAACUUGAGGUCAAAGAACGACCCGUUUCCGUUGCCUCCUCGAGAAAAGCCCUUCAAACACAGAUUUAACUGCUACUGGCAGCCUUUUGAAAGUAAUAUUCCCCGUAUGAAUGAAAACUCUAUCGUUAUUAUUGUUGAUGGAAAUAUUGGGACAGGAAAGAAAGCUUUGGCCAAGAAAAUAGCGGAGGAGUUUGAUUUGAAGUAUAUUGAAGACAUUAACUAUGACAACAUUUACAUUUCUUCGAAAUUAUGGGGUCAUUUUGAUAUGAGAGAUAUCAAUGCCUGUGCCCCAAACCGUAUAAUGUUCAACAGUCUGGAUACAUUUUGGGCAACAAAAAAGUUGGAAGAUAACUCGCUGAUCAUGAAGUCACAAUGGGAAAUGUAUUAUUACAGAUGGAACAAUUAUGUUGAUGCUCUGAAACAUGUUGUCAACACAGGACAAGGAGUGGUCCUGUCAAGAAAUUUAUACAGUGACAUGGCCUUCUGUUAUGCCAUGUUGAAAAAGAAACUAUACAAUAAAAGAGUGUAUGAAGAAUUCGAGGCUUACGUGGACCGUUCGUUUUAUUAUCUUUGGGCUCCACAUUUGGCCAUUUACCUGGAUGCCACUCCAGCCUACUGCAUGAAAAAGAUCAAGGAGAGAAAUGUGCCGUUUGAGAUGAACAGCCCCAUAUUAAAUGAAGAUUUCCUGGCACUCAAUGCUGAAGGAUAUGAGAAGAAAGUGUUACCCAAACUGGAACCAUACUCAGAAAUAAUGGUUCUAGAUGCUGAUAAUCUACCAGACUUUGAUUUGCUAGUGGAGGAACUGGAAAAGAUUGACUUCAACCCUUUUAAGGAUACGCUGCUGAGGGACGACAAGUUCCUCCACUGGAGACACGUUCACGAGAGAAGCUGGGCAGAUUGGAGGCGAUGGGCCGACCAUCCAGCUCGAGACUUGUACAAUCGCCACCCUAAAUGCCUGGUAGACAUUCCUCAGAUCCAAUUCACUCCAGAAGAGACUUAUGUAUUUAAUGACUAUUACAGAAGGAGGGAUCAGUACUUCUACACGGAACCCCAGGGGAAGGGCGGUUUUCCCGGAGCAGUAAAGAGGUUCCUUCUUGGAUAAGACAUUUCAUAGCGGAGGAGUGAACAUCAAAUGACUGGAAUGCUUUUAACCCAUUCAGAUGUUUUUGUAGUUAAUUUAAGUGCUUCAGACUGUUGCAAUAAAAUAAAUAUCAAAAUAGAUAA